AUGGCUGGGGAGAGCGGGAUGGCCAGGAAGGUGGCGCUGCUCCUGUGGGCCCAGACCCUCGGCCUCGCUGGUGCCCAGACCACCCAGCUCCUCGUGGAGCCCCCCUGGAGGCCGGCGGUGCUGUGGGACCGGGUGACACUGACCUGCCAGGGCUCGGGGACCGACAGUGCCACCACCUGGUACAGGAACGGGCAGCACUGGGGGCAGGAGGGACGCGACCAAUUCAAGGUCACUGAUCGGGGCAUCUACCAAUGUUACAGGCUCGGCAGCAGGUUCAGCCCCGCCAUGAGUAUCUUAGAUGAUCUGCUGGUGCUGCAGGUGCCAGCACGGGCACUGCUGGAGGGGGACACGGUGACACUGCACUGCCGGGGCCGGCAGGACAACCCGGUCACCAGGGUGCGAUUUUACCGGGACAUGAAGGAUCUGGGGAGGUCCCUCACGGGGACCGAGCUGUCCCUGUCCCCCCUGCAGCUGAACCACAGUGGCAUCUACCGCUGCAGGGGCUGGGUGGGCUCAGGAAUAUCACAGUCACCACCAGUGAGGGUGAAAGUGCAUGCCCCAGGCCCCCUGCGGCCCCGAGCCCCCCUCCUCUACGUGUUCCACCGGGACGGGCAGGUGGUGGGGGGCUCACAGGGGUCCCCACAGCUGCUGGUGCCCGCCGUGGGGGUCUCCCACUCGGGGAAUUACAGCUGCCAGGUGCGCUCCGAGGGGGGGAACGUGCGGAAGAGCAGCACCCAGCUCCGCAUCACGGUGCGCAGUGAGUGCGGGGAUGGGCACGGGGUGAGCCCAGAGACCCCCGGGAUCCCCUGCCUGGUGCCCGUGGCCAAUGCCACCAUCACCCCCGGUCCCCUGGCACACCAGGUGCAUGCAGGUGACAACGUGACCCUGUGCUGCUCGGUGCAGGUGGGCUCAGCCCCUGUCACCUUCACCUGGCUGCACAACGGGCAGGAGGUGGCCCAGGGUCCCCUCCUGGAGCUCACGGACAUCGAUGUGGGACAUUCGGGCACCUACCAGUGCGUGGCCACCAACCAGCUGGGACAGGACGGGCACCGCGUGUUCCGGGCACUCAGCCCAGAGCUGGCCCUGGAGGUGACACCUGGCUCAGCCUGGCUCACAGCUGCCAGGAAAUCCCAGGACAGGUGA